GGGGGUGGACAGUGGAUCCUCCACCAGCAGCAGUGUCCUAGUCGUCGUGUAUCCUGAUGGCAUCUAUUCUACUUGUACUGCCGGGAGGCCGGCCGGAGCUGGUGGCUGCUCCUGUUGCAUUGCGAUGGCAAGUGGAGUGAGUGAUUGCGAAUGUGACCGACGACGGGCUCAUCUUCUUCUCUUUUACACUAGAGCAUGAUGCAUGGGCAGGAGCUGUCCUAUGACUCCUAUCCCUCCUCCUUCCUAGCCAUGGACGACAUGCACCGCCAACUCCAAGCACCACCAGCCUGCCAAAGCCACAGCAGCAGCAGCAGCAUCUUCUUUUUCUUUUUCUUAGCAGCGGUCAUCAUCUACUGCGUCGUGAUCAUCAGACGAUUGAUCAAAUUCCAAGGGAGGAGGAGGGUGAAGAAUGAUCAUGCAGCAGCAGCAGCAGCACCACCACCACCACCACCACCGAGAAGGGGUAGCCGCUGGUGGUGGUCCGUCGUGGAGACGCUGGCCUUCCUGUCCGCCAACAGCAGCGGCAGGGGCUUCUACCACUUCGUGGAGGCUCGCCACCGCAGGUACGGUCCCGGCCCCUGCUUCCGCACCUCGCUCUUGGGCGCCACCCACGUGUUCGUCUCGUCGGCCGACGCCGCCAGGUCGCUCCUGGGCGCCGAGCCAGCCGGCUUCUCGAAGCGCUACGUGCGCACCGUGGCGGAGCUCCUCGGCGAGCACAGCCUGCUGUGCGCCUCCCACGCCACCCACCGCGCCCUGCGGCGCGCCGUGGCGCCCCUCUUCAACGCGCAGGCCACGGCGUCCCUGGCCGCCACCUUCGACGGCCUCACGCGGAGGCUCAUGAAGCGCGACUGGAGCAGCAGCACUGGGGCCGUGGUGGUGCUCGACGCCGCGCUGGACCUAACAUUCGAGGCCAUCUGCGACAUGCUCAUCGGGAGGACGCUGCGGCCCGAUGCGAGGAGGCGGCUGCAGAGCGACGUGCUGGCCGUGACGCGGGCCAUGCUGGCGUUCCCGCUCAGGCUGCCGGGGACCAGGUUCCACGCGGGCCUCCGGGCCAGGAAAAGGAUCAUGGACGUGCUCAGGCAAGAGAUAGGAUCAAGACAGAGACAGAUCAUGGACAUGGAGGAGGAGGAGGAGGAGCAGCAGCACGGCGACGACUUUCUGCAGAGCCUUCUUCUUCUCAGGAGUAGGAGGAGGAGGCGGAGCCAGCAGCAACAACACCUUUUACCAUCGUCGUCAGCUCAUCAUAACGACGACGACGACCUCUUCCUCACUGACGACCAGAUUCUCGAUAACAUCUUGACGCUCAUCAUUGCCGGGCAGGUGACGACAGCGAGCGCAAUUACAUGGAUGGUCAAGUACCUGGCUGACAACAAAGUCUUCCAAGAAACCUUGAGGUCAGUUCAGCUGGAGCUGAAGCAGCAGCAGCAGCAGGAGGAGGCAGAUCAUGAUCUCCUCCAACAUCUCAACAGCAUGGAGCUUGCAUACAUGGUGUCUACGGUUAAAGAAUCAUUGAGGAUGGCGAGCAUAGUUUCCUGGUUUCCAAGGGUAGCACUCGAGGACUGCCAGGUCGCAGGGUUCCACAUCCACAAGGGGUGGAUUGUGAACAUUGAUGCGAGGGCCCUACACUACGAUGCGACGCUCUACCACAACCCCACCAUGUUUGAUCCUUCAAGAUUCAAAGGCGGGCAUAGCAUGCACACGAAGCAGCCGUACAGCUUCCUGGUGUUUGGAGCAGGCGGGAGAACCUGCCUGGGGAUGAACCUCGCCAAAAUCAUGAUGCUCAUUUUUCUGCACCACCUUGUUACAACAUGGAGAUGGGAGAUGGCCGACGACGACCCCAGCCUUGAGAAGUGGGCAAUGUUUCCCAGGCUCAGAAACGGAUGCCCCAUUCACCUCGCACGCAUAUGAUGAUUAAGCAUGCACUAGCUACCAGAGGAAACUAGUAUAUAUCUUCUGUAACCCUAAACCACAAUGCAACCACAAAGCACCGAUGUGAUGUGUACUUUAUUUUCACCACCUUAUGUAUGUAAUUGUCUCGCAUGUUAUAUCAAGAGAAGUACUCUAUUCCUCUCUCUCUCUUAUGGAGCUCUUGUCGGUUUAGGCUAUUAAAGAGCUUAAUUGA